UGAAUUUUGAUUUUUUUUUUGCUCCCACCUUCUUAUCCCCACCCUUUCUCCCUACCUCUCUCUCCCCUUCUCACACACACACGCAACAUAACACAUCAAACGAUAAUCUCCUAUCUCUGACUCACUCCUUGUGAAACCCUAACCCUACGGAGGAUUCGCCAUGAAAGGAGGCAAAUCGAAGGCGGAAACUAAAAAGGCAGACAACAAGCUUUCUGUAAAGAAGAAAGGCGUCGGAGCCGAUAAAGUUAGCAAGAAAGCAGGGAAGAAGGAGAAGGCAGUUAAGGAUCCUAACAAACCUAAAAGGCCUGCAAGUGCCUUUUUCGUUUUUAUGGAAGAGUUCAGGAAGCAGUACAAGGAGAAACACCCUAACAACAAAUCAGUCUCCGUUGUCGGCAAAGCCGGUGGAGACAAAUGGAAAUCGAUGACAGAAGCCGAGAAGGCACCAUAUGUAGCCAAAGCAGAGAAGAGGAAGAGCGAGUACAAUAAGAGCUUGCAGGCAUACAACAAGAAGAAGGCCGAAGGAGCAAAUGCAGCUGAAGAAGAAGAAGAGGAGUCGGACAAGUCGAAGUCUGAAGUGAACGACGACGAGGACGAUGAUGAGAGUGGAGAGGAAGAUGACGACGAGUAGGCAAAGGGGAUAGUAGCUUGUGGAUGGAAGAAGGGGGGCUAGUUUGUGUAGGGACCUCUGUAGGAUUGCGAUCUUCAUUUUCUGUUACUCUAUCAUCAACGGAGAAAAAAAAAGAUAGAUGUUUUCUUUUCUUUUUUUGCUUAUUUUUCUUUAAAAGAAAGGUUUCUGGAGCUUUUCCCGAAGCUCUCAAAUCGCCCUGUACUUACUUUUCAGUUGCUUCAUGAUCUAAUGAUUCACUUUUAGGCACUAAUUUGUGUU